GAACGGAGUCUGGUGGUCCGGUGGAGCUUGGAGGUGUUGCUCAUCUGCUGAUGGUGAAUUUAGGACUUAGGAAGUCAAUUCUUUAUUGCGCUGGCAUUAUAUCUCGUAUUGAUAUUGUAAAUUUGUUUCAUCUCUAGAAUGAGUAACACGUCUACUUCAUGCAAACGAUUAGUUAAGAGCAAGUCUGGUCUUCGAAUCAUUCCAGCAAAUGAGAAUGAAAGGAGCCCUUUUGAAUUGGCUGAACCGGAAUGGAUUCCAGAUGAAGAUAGCCCUGUUUGCAUGGAAUGUGAAGAAAAGUUUGACUUCCUGAAAAGACGUCACCACUGCCGGCGCUGUGGUCGUGUCUGCUGUGCGGGAUGUUGUAAUGCUCGGUUGGCUCUUCCUCGAAUGUGUUUUCUGGAUCCUGUGCGUGUCUGCUCGCCAUGUGCUGCCACGACUACUCUAGAAAACAGAUUCUACCAUCACCACCUCAAGUCACUGUUGAGUGGGGCAAUCUUGACGAUGAGUAGUGAUAGCAGGAAGUCUGAAGCGAUUCUGUCAAGCUGCCGACUGACUCCUGAUCAUCGCUACCUGCAGAUUCAGCAGCCUGAUGUCAGCCUUAACCUGCCCAUUCAUAAACUGACUGCAAUGCACGUCUCCAAAGGCCGCAGCUGCAGCGACUCGGACGAGGCCAUCGAGUCCAGUGGUGCGGACGAUGCAACAAACCCCGGAUUUUUCGAGACUGACGCCGACCGUGAUCUGAACUGCGUUGUUCUCACAUACAAGUCCGGUGGCGCUGAGGCGGGCUUGAUGGAGGAGGCCGAGGUGCGCCUCUCAGCGCCCUCGGAGGCUGCGCCCUCCGCCUACGCCUUCCUGAAGGCGCUGCAGCAGGCCGCUCUCAUGGCCAUGGAGGCGAGACACGUCAUCGGCACUGGCAAGUGAUGGCCAGCGGUGCUGAUGCUUUACUCACAGUGUCAGCACUGCUGGUGAUGUCAGCACUGCUGGUGGUGUCAGCACUGCUGGUGGUGUCAGCACUGCUGGUGAUGUCAGCACUGCUGGUGGUGUCAGCACUGCUGUUGAUGUCAGCACUGCUGGUGGUGUCAGCACUACUGGUGGUGUCAGCACUGCUGGUGGUGUCAGCACUGCUGGUGGUGUCAGCACUGCUGGUGGUGUCAGCAUUGCUAAUGGAACAAUAUUGUUGUACAUUGCAUCCAAUAACAUCGGGGGGCAUCAGGAGGCGUGCUCCAGCAGAUGAGGACUCCUCUGCGCUUUGUCAUGCCAAGCAUUGACCGUUGCUGCAAUUUUUCGCAAUAAUUUUGAGCAAUUUUUCACAAUUGUCACAGUCGACGAUGUGUUCGUUCCGAUCAGUUUAUUAUAAAGCUUCCUAACAUCAUUUAUAGAGGGAAAUAAUCAAAAUAAUUAUUUCCGAAAUUAAAGUGAGGUGUGGCAGAAGCGUUAAAGAAUUUGCCCUCUAGAUGGAGACUCUAGGUUACUUUGUAUAUUGUUUCUCAAAUUUCGAUGUCCAAGUUUUCAACCCAUCACUAAAUAUCGUGCGUUGACAGAUUCUGUUUCCAAUUGGAAUGACUGAAUUAUAGACUGGCAGUAUUGUUUCUGUAUAACAUUAAUAGGGAUUAACUUGUUUACUCGCUGUAAUUACGACUUAACAUUGACAAAGUAUAAACGCUUUGGCUGCCUUACUAGGCAUCAUUUUCAGCUUUGUUGCUGUUCCAUAGAUUUCAUGACUUGACUUGCAGAUGCAAAGAAACUUUGCGGGCGCAGAAGAUGAUGAAGUUUGUUAGUAUCUGCGCUUCAUUGAUAAAUCUAUUAUUGUUUCUAAGUAUUUAAAUGUUAUAUGUUAAACUCCCCUGCAGUUUAAAGUAUAUAUAAUCUUCUCACUUCAGUUUGUGGGCCUUUCUGUUUGGUUCGUAGUUAUUUAGUGUUGCAUGUUACUUAUUUUUCAACCUAAUAUUGAAGAAUUUUAAGAUGGCAAGAAUCUUGUGUGUUGUGUGCUCACUGCACACGUAUAUAUACUCAUUACUUCCUGUAAGAUCUUAUAUCAUUAGUUUGCUUCAAUCGAAGGUUCACCAAGAAUUUAAUUGUUUGCUCUUAAAUUCUUUCUGUAAGAUUAGUUGUUGGUCAGAAACCAGUUGCCUUUACCUAGCUUAUGCUAGUAACAUUCAGCGUCACAAUGGCUCGACCACGUCGCUACGUUUCUAACUUUUCAAAAAGGUUUAUUAGAAUAUUGAUUUUUGUUUACAUAUAUUUUACGUGCCCAAGUACGGUUGUUCGUAAAUCUUUACUUUGAAUCACACUUAACGUUAAGCCAUCAAACUGACUGUUUGAACUCGGUCUAAUUUUGUCUCGCUGGAACGAUUUGAAAAAAGUUUUAUAUCGUGCAAUAACCUGCUCAUAUAAAAUUAUUUACAUUUAAACUUGUAACUUUUCUAAUUAUAGUAAUUGAGUUUUAGAAGUGAACGUGUCGAUUUUUUUUUUUUUGAGGAAAAUUGACUUGAUCACGACCAUGGAAACAACUUACCGACACAUGUCUUACAUUUUUUGUUGGUUUGAACUAUUUUCCACGAGUGAAGCCCAAAGUCAAUGAUUAGUCUGAUUUCUGUUUAAGUGUCUUUGACUCGUGCAACUUUUACUUCCUGUUUAAGUGCCUUUAACUUGUGCGAAUCAAAUUUUGGUACUUUCCCUAUUGUCAAGUAACGAUUUUAUUCUUUCCAAUCGUUAAUUUAUACAUUUUACUUGAAGUUCACGGCCAGUCGGGUGUGAACAAAUUCACUUGAGAAACCAAAAACUAGUAUUUCUCUACAAACAUCAAGAACUAUAGGAUAGUU